CGGCUCCGGGUUCUGGGCGCCUCGGGCCCCCUAUCUCCAGCUCCUGUUCUCGGGUACCCCCCUCUCCCCCUAUCUCCCGAUCCUGUCGCUGUGUGCCCCGAACCCCCUACCCUCGGCUCCCGCCACUCUCCUCCCAGGUCCCGUUGCCCCGUUGCCUGAUUCUGCUGCCAGAGAGCCCGGGCCCCGCUGUCCCUGUCCUCCCCAUCUGCCCCGUCCAGGCUCCCAGUCCCGCUCCCCUCGCCCCUCUCUCCGCACCUUCUCUGACUCGGCUGGCCGCCCCUGCCCCUCUCGCUCUCCCCGCUGUCCCGGCGCUGCCCCGCCGCCGGCACCAUGCGCGGGCGGCCGCGUUGGGCGGCAGGCGAGGCUGCGGUGCCCCCUUCCUCCUGCCCUCGCCCGCUCCAGGCGACCCGCUGAGAGAUGGACUUGGCAGGCGUGCUGCUGGCGCUGCUCCUCGUGCUGGUGCUGGUCGUCUCUCUGCUCUCCAACCUCCUGGUGCUGCUAUGCUUCGUCUACAGUACGGAGAUCCGCAAGCAGGUCGCCGGGGUUUUCCUGGUGAACUUAUCCUUUUGCAACCUGCUUCUCACCGUUCUGAACAUGCCUUUUACCCUGCUGGGCAUCCUGAGGAACCAGCAACCCCUCGGGGGCUGCGUCUGCAAGGCGGUGGGUUUCCUGGAAACUUUCCUGACUUCCAACACGAUGCUGAGCAUGGCAGCGCUCAGCAUCGACAAAUGGAUUGCCGUGGUGUUCCCCCUAAGCUACACCAGCAAGAUGCGGUAUAAGGACGCUGUGAUACUGAUGGGCUACUCGUGGCUCCACUCCCUCACGUUCCCCUUGGUAUCCCUGUUUUACUCAUGGGUAGAUUACAACAGCGUUUACGCCUCUUGCACCUUACACCUGAAGGAGGAGACGGAGCGGAGAAGGUUUACAGUGUUCACCAUAGUCUUUCACUCCACCAGUUUCAUGCUGUCUCUGGUGAUCUUGUGUUUCACCUAUUUAAAGGUGUUGAAAGUUGCCCGGUUCCACUGCAAGCGGAUAGACAUUAUUACCAUGCAGACUCUGGUUUUGCUGGUGGAUAUCCACCCCAGUGUGAAGCAGCGCUGUCUGAACGAGCAGAAAAGGAGGAGGCAGCGGGCUACCAAGAAAAUCAGUAUUUUUAUAGGGUCAUUCGUGAUCUGUUUUGGUCCUUACAUUAUCACCAGGUUGAUAGAGCUCAUUCCUUUUGUUACCAUAAAUUACUACUGGGGAAUUAUAAGCAAGUGCCUCACCUACAGUAAGGCUGCAUCAGAUCCGUUUGUUUACUCACUUUUACGUCAACAGUACAAAAAAGUUCUGAUCAACAUCGUCAACAGGAUACUUAAGAGGGACCUGUAUCCGUCAUCAGGGUACAACAGUUCUCUCGACACUGAAAACGAUUACUGCUUGCACAGAACAAACUGACAACAUGAAAGCAUUCCCCUUCCAGGGAGACAGGUGUUAGCUGCUGCUGGAAAACUGCCUUUCUCCUCUCAUGCUGACAGUGGUGACAGUGUCUCCAGGGUGUGAAGGCUGCAUUAAUGCGACACAUUUCACCGUGGACUUUCAUCGACAGGCUCUUCCCUGGUCUGCAGCCAAGCACAAUCCAUGGCAAAGCCUUGUCCCCAGUGAACAGAAUUGGCUUGAGGGGUUUUAAGAAAGCCUUUAGAGGAUUUUAGACAUCUCUUAAUGUUUCAUGCGUGAAGACUUGGGAUGUCUCUGAUGUUCCAUAUCAGACAUGACAUUCCAGUGUCUUCUGGGAGCACGGGAAUCCCCACGCUGCAAGGACAGCUGCAGAGUCCUCCGUGCUGCGCAUGUGACUUGGCAGCCCAGGAUCUGCUCUUAGUUUUGAACAUUAAAAAUAGAUCUUUUAAUUGAUUGAUUUAUUGUAUUGGUGCCUCAAGUGAGUCAGCACUUUGAAUCUGAGAUUGUUACUAUUAUUCUUAUUAUUACUAUUAUUAAUACUAUAAUUAUUAUUAUUAUUAUUAUUUAUUACUAGGCAUCAUGAUUGUAACAUAGCCUUUAGGAAGUGGUACAUAUAUUUGAUAUGCCAGUAUUCUAUCAAGCAUAACCAAAGUCCACAUAUCUGAGUUACAAAUAUCUAGCACUUCAGUGGUAUGUGAUUACAAUAACUGCAGCAACAGUAACGAAGACAUGUAUGGAAUUUAGUUAAAUAGCACUGUAGUUCCAUCACUGAGCUAGUAGUCCUAUUCAAGCAAGCUUUUUAUUCAGAAAAAGAAAUCAGUAGAAGUGACAGAUACCAUUGUGUUUAAGAUAUAUUACUUCAGAAGCUAUCUGUUUUCAAAGAAAAGGCUAAAAUAUAUUAAUUCUUUUUAAGGGAUAUAUAAUGUGUAAAAUAUUUCAUGCAUUGGCUAUGUAUGGUGGAUUGUCAUAAUACUGUACAAUCUUUUAUUUAAUAAUGAUAAAUUAAUCUGGUGAUUUUAAAUGACAACAAGAGAUGUGAGAAAUAUUAUAACAGACCUGCUGCCAAAUGCCCAGAAAUAUAAAGCUGCUUUGUUAUUAUAUGUAUAUUUCUCUUUUAUUUCUUUUAAGAUUUAAACAGGUUUUGGAAAAAUGUGGGAAUUAUUUUUGAACAAUAUUCUUUUGAUUAUGCAAGACAUUUAUUAAAAUGUAAGAAUUCUAUGGCAUUCAAUAAACUAUUUUCUAAUUGAGUACAGAAGGGAAAAAGUAAAGCAAUUCUAAAGUAUAUUUUAAGAAAAAUAAAAAGAAAGAUGACAAUAAAGAAUUCUUAUUUUUUAUGUAACAAUACACUUGACCCUAUAAAGCAUUAAGAAGGCUAUUUCUGGUCAAACUAAGCAUAUAAGCAUGUGAUUAGGCACAAAUAUAAUUUUCUUUGAAGCUAACAGUUCUAUUUCCAUGCUGAAAAUUAAAUACACACUCAACUGUUUUGCAAAAUCAAUGUUGAGCUGUCAGCACAUUGAGAGGGUUUUUCCCACCAUCCACAGUGUGGAAGGAGGGUGUCUUGUUCAAUCCCACUGAAGUCAAGGAAGGAUGAUGCUGCCUAACAAACACGGUGUUCUCUUACCUCCUGCUUUUAAUCUCUGGGGCCUUUAUCAAGCUAUUUUUCUUUUUUCCUUCCCCCCCUGCAAGUACCUUAGGCCUCUGCUCUUUGCAUCUAUAGUUCUGCCUGUGUUUAAAUUGAAUGUACUAUAAUGGUUUUGUCUUAGUAAAGUAUUUGUACUCUCUUCAAUUUUGUGUAAAUACAGUAUUUCAGAAAAAAAAAAA